UAAUCUAUUAAAUUCUGAUGAUAGAGCUGAUAAUGAACAAGAGCCACGUGGAAGUGCACACAGAGGUGCAUGUGAAAGUGCACACAGAGGUAUACGUGAAAGUGCACGUGGAAGUACACGUGAAAAU